UUAUUACAUUUGAGUCGGGUUUACCAUGGCCUGAGUAUAGUAUAGAUUAGUUUGCUAAUCAUAUGUGCAUAAUUAUUCAGUAAAUGCAGUCAUUUAAAAUAUCGUGUGGAAAUAAGUUUGAUAGUUCAAUUUUAACCAACAAGAUCAUGCAGGACUCCCAGUACUGCGACUUCUGCGGAGUCGUGGACGAGGUCUACGAGGAACACUCGGAGCUCGACCACGAGGACACGCCCAAGCACAUCUGCAACCGGAUACUGCACCAAUACAAGCACAAGAAGAAGGAGUUCAGCAGGAACAGGGAUGGUGUUAUCAUCCUCGGGGCGGCGAACAGCCUCCCGCUUGCUGGCUCCGACGCCAGGGUCAUCAAGGAACCGCCUACUGAUCACCAUAAAGUCCGGAUAUUCGCGAAACCUAACCAAGAGGUUGAAUUCUUCUAUACAAUUACCAACGACAUGAAGAGCGAAGAUCUCCUGGUGGUUGGAAUUCAAUUGGCGCACCCACAACCGCAUUUUGUCAUGUGCGACCAUGACUUUAUAUUUGGACAGGAUCCGCAUCUUUUAGAGCCUAGUGAGUUAAAAUUCUUCUUCAAGAUAACCAACGACAUGAAGAGCGAAGAUCUCCUGGUGAUUGGAAUUCAAUUGGCGCACCCACAACCGCAUUUUGUCAUGUGCGACCAUGACUUUAUAUUUGGACAGGAUCCGCAUCUUUUAGAGCCUAAAUCCACAAUCGAUACUAUAUCCAUUACUUUUGUUGGCGCGGACGUGGGGCAGUACGAGAUGCCUAUCAUGUUCACUUUCAUUAGAAAUAGUGAUGGAAAGAGUCUCAUUUUUAUCAGGGAAAUGGUGGUUUUGGUGGCAACUGAAAGGCCGCAGAAGUUUAACGCCAAGAGUCCUUACUCCAACCUGGACUGGAAACACGCAGAGCGCUUCGUCGUAUCCACAGAUCAUGUGCCGUAUAACAACUUAUACAAAAUACCUAAACUGCUUAAAAUCUUGCUACCCGCUGGUUUGGAUGAAGACGCCCUGGAAAAAAUAGAGGGCCAAGUGGAGUUCAAAAUGCAAUUGAGAAAUGUGUUGCUAACUACUAGGGCUAUUUUUGACGAAGGAAUAACCAAAGCAAAUUAUAUGCUGUACUUCCAUCAUCUGCUCUGGUGGGAGGAAAUCAUUGCUAGGAUCAAUUUAAGGAAGUACAAUAUGACUGCUGUUACUCUAGAGAAGAAGGGUGAUGUUUACCUGCUCGAAGUGCCCGGUCUGGCUGAGAACCGUCCUUCCCUAUUACGUGGUGAUAAAGUAUACAUAAAACUAAAUAAUAGCAACGAAAUUUUAUUCGAGAGCGUAAUAAAAGAUAUGGAAGAAAGUACUAUUCACAUCGGGAAUAUUGAUGAAAGCUUCAACGCGUACUACAGCCCAGAAGCUCUGUUCGACAUCCGUUUCAUGAUGUCUCGAGUUCCGCACGAACGAGCGCAUGUCGCGGUUGCCAACGUUUUUGAGAGGAAGCAGGACAGCAGAUUGUUUCCCGAGCCGAGGAAAAAGGAUGUCAAGCUUAAAUCGAUCUAUCAAUGGUACAACCCGCUGAUCAGGAACAACGAAGAGCAACGUCUGGCCGUCCAGCACAUACUGUCGGGUACUUCCCGCCGCGCGCCCUACAUGGUUCACGGGCCGCCCGGCACCGGCAAGACCAUGACGAUCGUUGAGGCCAUCAUACAGAUAGUCCAAUACAGCUCGAAGAACCGCGUAAUGGUGUGCACAGAUUCCAACAUGGCGGCCGACCACAUCGCCCUAAUGCUGCUUAAAUAUAACAAGGAGCUUAACAUUAACAACUUCAUCCUGCGCGCUAACUCUCAGACUAGGGUUUGGAGCGUGAUGCCAUCCGAACUGGCGCCUGUGUCCAACGGCACUAAAUACGAGAACUCAUACUCCGUCAGCAACUACGCUUUGUCGUCCUAUCGCGUGGUUGUCACCACUCUGCUGCACGCUGCUAAAUAUGGCACCCCUCGCGCUCAGGCUCAACACAAGCUCCAGAUGUCCCACCUGUUCAUCGACGAGGCCGCGCAGGCGUCGGAGCCGGCCACGCUGGUGCCCGUGACGGGGCUGCUGGCGCCGGCUGGCAUGCUGGUGCUGGCCGGGGACCCCAUGCAGCUCGGGCCCGUGUGCAUCAGCCGGGAUGCCAAGGACCGCGGGUUAGGUAAAUCGCUGAUGGAACGUCUGAAGACCGACUACGCGAACCUGUACGAGUCCGACCCCAACUACAUCACCAUGUUGGUGAAGAACUUCCGCAACGACCCUGACAUCCUCUCUCUACCCAACAACAUGUUCUACGAUGACAACCUGGUGCCUCUUGCUCCAGAGGACCCGCUGAGCCGGCGGAGCAUCCUCGGGCUGCCGGGCGGCGAGCGGGCGGUGGUGUUCCACGCCGUCAACUCCCGCGAGCAGAGGAUGGGCAAGGCCCCCAGCUUCUUUAACGAGAAGGAGUUGGACAUGCUGAAGAGAUACACGAAGGCGUUGAUAGAACAGCACAACGUGAAGCCGGCGGACAUCGGUGUCAUCGCUCCAUACAUCAGACAGGUGUACAAGAUGAAAACAUGGCUCAUGAGCGCGGGGUACGAUGAGAUCGAGGUCGGCACCGUCGAAGCGUUCCAAGGGAAGGAGAAGCGAGUCAUACUCGUGUCCACCGUGCGCGCCAACUGCAGGCUCCUCGACUAUGACGCUAAAUACGGGCUCGGCUUCCUAGUGGACGACAAGAGAUUCAACGUAACCCUAACCCGAGCCAAAUCCAAGCUGGUGAUCAUCGGCAACCCGACCUGCCUGACCCGCGACAAGAAAUGGCGCCGCUACAUGACCCACUGCAAGGACCUCAACUGCUACUUCGGCCACGAGUGCGAACAGAUAGAGAGAACCUCUAAGGUCCUUAAUGAGGUCGCUAUCACCAGGUUCAACAAAUGCCGUAUAUCAGCUCAGUUGAAACCAAAUCCCCAACACGAGAAGGAAAAGAAGAAGUAAUAGUAAAGUUAAGUGAGGCUCCGGGAUAGUUAAGUGAGGGGGGGGGGAGUUAUUGUAUGCCUUAUUCCAGUGAGGUAAGUUACAUUGUUGUUUAAACUAAUUUUACCUGUGAUGAUUGCUGAAGAGGUUACAGAUCUGUGUGUAAUAAACUGUGUAGUUUAUUACACACAGACAGAAAGUACAAAAAUAUAUUUACUAUUUGUUACUCUUAUGAAUCCUUGUGCCCACCAUACAAAUGUUUUGCUAUAGGAUUAAAUUCGAUUUUUGCUAUAGGAGUUUGAAUAUCAAUCGUUCGCAAAUUUUAUGAAAAAAUAAAUGCUACUUUUUACGUGUUAAGGUUGAAAUUCCAUUGAAAUGGUAGGUAUGAGUUCGCCAGGCAAACAACAUUCUAUGAUCCGGCUAAUGACCUAGUAGGGUGAUUAUGAUUACACCAUAUCUAUUUAAUUUUAGGUUAUGCCUGUCUGUACGUAUCAAAAUAUAACUACAUACAUUCCAUUUUUAUUUGGUAUAGAAAUAAUCUUAAAUUCUUUGAUUCAUUCAUUGUUAAGUAUAUUUUGAUACGAAUAGGCUCGUUAAAAUUGACAUAAUUGUUGUUUGUUAUGGGAGCUGUAGUGAGAUUAUUCCGGAGUCAUUAUUAUAAGUCCUAGUAUUAGAGAGUUUCAAAUAGAUUGUUAAGUUUAAUGUUUGUUUAAUUUAGGAUAUUGAAUGGCAAGGGACGGACAGGGGAUGGCAGGAUGGCAUUGGCUGUUAAUCUAAAACUAAAACAUAAACCACAGCAAUAUCACUAUAUUGUAAGUCCAUUGAUUGCCAUUCAAAAUGAAGACACAUUUUACUGAAAAUAUGAUUUUUAUUUUAGCACGGCAUCUUUGAACUUUAAAAAUAGUGUUUAAACACUUAACCCAUCCACACUUUUAUUGCUAUCAUAACCAUUAGUUUAAAUAUUGUGAUAUUGGCAAUAUUUAUAAGUGUUAUUUAGUUAUAUGCACACUGUAUUUGUAUGAUGGUUGCGCUUUUAUCUUCUAGUGUCACGCGUGACUCUCGCACUUACAUAAAAUUAGCGGCCACGGUGACAGACGAUAAAUGCGAAACCAUUUUAGGCCCUCAAAUCACUUUUAAGCAUAGAGUAUAUUGAAUUUUAAGUCUCCGAAUUUCACUUUCCCAUACAAACGGAGUUUCAUUCUCAUUUUAAAACUAUUUGUUGGAUUGUAAUGAAACUUUGCACAUACAAUGAUAUGAGGUAUAUCUAGGUCUGUGAUUAGUUUUUAUAGCUCCAGUUUAUGAAACAAACGAAAUAGAGCAAAAACCAGUGUUGUAUGAAAAACUUAAAUUCGCUGUAUUUUUUUUACUAUUGUAUCUAAAGCUACAUAAACUAAUUACAGACAGAUAUACCUUAUCCUAUUGUUAGUACAAAGUUUCAGAGCAAUCUAGCUAAUAGUUUUAAAAUGAGAGCGUAACUACGUUUGUAUGGAGAACCGAGCUUGCCGGGGCAAGGGGCUUUGUAGUUAAUAAUAUUUAUAGUUUUAUUAAAAACUGUAACUUAUUGAUUGAUACAUAAGUCUCGUCAAUUUAUCUGUAUUAACUAAUUACCUACAUUAAUUACUCGUUAAACAUCCUUGACAAAUAUAAUUAACCUACCAAUCUCGACCUUUGACCCGUUAAACUUGGGAUAUCUGUCAAAACAACCAUUUCUGUGUUUCACGUAUGUCAUUACUCUAAAGCAGUUGUCGACAGUUUAUCCUGCCAUUUGCCAAAUAACUGUCCUAUUGCCAUAGUAUCGUCAAGGAUGUAAGUGCGAUCGGGGCGAUUAAGAGACUAUUUUUGUACGAAAAGAAAAGUAGAUUUAAGUAUACGUACAGUCAGCAAUCGUUUGUUAUAAGUGUGUGCCAAAUUGAUGCGCAAAUGUUACCUUUAUAAUUAUUACUAUUAUUAGCGAUUUACCACAAAACAACAACUAUACUUUGUUAUUUCUGUUCCUGUUUCAAACUCAAAAUGUCUAUUAACAUGAGUUUUUUUAAGAUAUUUUCUUAGUUACUGUUUGAGAUUUUAUAAUCCUUGUCUUCGUAAUCCCUAUGUUAUAAGAUAUUUACACUGUUCCUUUUAGUUACUUUUAUACCAAUCAAUGUAUGUAUACUCACAUAAUUUAUUUCCUACCAUAAUAUUCGACAGUGACAGAGCGUCCAUAGUAGAGAAGCCACGAAUAUUCAGCAACUGUUCGGUAUUCGGCCACUUUGCCGAAUGUUGCCUAGAAUUCGGCCGAAUACCGAAAUCUCUUACACCUACCUAACUA